CGUCACGCAGACGUCACUACUGUAUGAAACAUGUCUGAAGAAGAAACAUCCCAAGAAGCACAAGUCGACGACGAAGAAGUAGACGAUGCAAAUGAAAUUAUCCUUCCCACGAGUGAUCAGGUGCACACGGAGGUAACAGAGGACACUCAACCAACAGGUGACAAGAACGAGGAAGGCAAGAAAGAUGAGAAAACGGAAGAGGAAAGAGAUUUGAACAGAAUCCCUUCGGAUUUCUUCUACGACCUCGAGCCACUGUUGUGUACGCCGUUCAAGUCGGAGAGCUGCCCACUGACCAGUAGUGUGCUGACCCUGUAUCACUCCUUUGGCUACAACUGUCUGAUGCGCUGCAACCUGCAUGUGCUGGACAAGAACACCCUGGUCUUCGCCGCCGGCGCCGUCCUGCAGUUCGUCAACCUCACCACCCUCACGUACUCCUACUUGCGGACCACUGGAGGAGGCUCUGUAGGCCCGAUUGCUGUCCAUCCAUCAGGAAAGUUGUUUGCUGUUGGAGAGAAGGGAAAGAAUCCAGUUAUCAACAUCUUCUCUAUCCCCGACAUCCGUCUCUACCGCAUCUUGAAGGGAGGCGCUCUCAAAACAUUUUCCUCCCUCUGUUUUGAAGAAGCCGGGGACUUGCUGGCUUCUCAAGGCGGCGAACCUAACUACAUGCUGACCAUCUGGAACUGGGCUCAAGAAGCCAUCCUACUGAGGUGCAAGGCUUUCUCUCAGGAAGUCUACCACGCAGCUUUCAACCCAAGCCUGCAGGGUUACCUCAUCACUUGUGGUUCAAGCCACAUCAAGUUCUGGCGCAUGGCGAGGACCUUCACGGGGUUGAAGCUGCAGGGCGUUGUUGGUCGGUUUGGUCGCACCUCCAUCUCCGACAUAGAGGGUUUCCUGCAGUUCCCAGACGGCAAGGUGCUGUCUGGCAGUGAGUGGGGCAACAUGUUGCUGUGGGAGGAGAGCCUCAUCAAGCUGCAGGUUUGUCGCAAGCAGAGCAAGCCUUGCCAUCAAAGUCAGAUCUACCAGAUGAUCCUGGAUGAAGGGGAGAUCAUCACGGCGGGGCUGGACGGCUACGUGCGGUCCUGGAGCCUGGAACAUAUCGACCAGGCUGAGGUAGACGAGGAGUCGGCCAUCAUAGAGAUGGAACCCUUAAACGAGGUCCUCAUCGGCCGCAACGUGCAGAUCAUGUACCUCAGCACUUACAUAGAUCUUGAGUCGAGGGAGACCACCGUGGAAGACCAGGAUAGCAGCAGCAAGGAGGCUCAAAGUUUUAAGAUGGACGAUCCCAAGAGAAAGCAGCCGUGGUACUUGCAGGAUCGCGCCGGCGCCAUCUGGCAGGCCGAGCUCAGUUUCCUCAAUGAUGCAGCAGAACCCAAGAGGUUGCUGUCCUUCCAUUCUGGACCCAUCGUGGCCUGCGCUGUGUCCCCCAUCACCUACCUGGCCGCCACGCUAGGAGUCGACGGCACGGUUCGCCUCUACGACUUCCUCAGCAAGGAGGUUCUAGCUUUCAAAUCUUUCAAGAGCAGCGGGGUGUGCCUCGUCUGGGUGCCGCUGAGUGUCAACAAUAAAUGCAACUCCGUGGUGGCCGGCUUUGCGGACGGCGCCAUCCGGGUGUUGACCGUUGAAAUCAUGAACCAAGGCUACCUCAACAAAGCGACUGUGGACUGCGAGCUCCUCCUCGCACAGGCUCUCAAGCCACACAACAAACCAGUAACGUCUCUGGCAUUCAACACGAAGGGGCAGAUGCUGGCCACGUGCUCUGAAGACAAGACCAUCUUCCUCUUCUUCGUCAAACAGGAGCGCUACACUCCCUUCUGCUUCUUGCCUCUGCCAUACCUGCCCCGACACCUGCACUGGGUGGACGAGGACGACAAUGAUCUACGCAUGCGCGUCGUGUGUGACGAGGGGGUCGCGCUCUGUGUCACAUCGCCGCAGAUUUGGGAGGUGGACACCAAGGACACCCUGCGGUACGAGGGGGCCACCAUUACCCAGUUCAAGUUCAUGAGUAUCAAGUCCAAGAUCAUCCACGAGGCGGAGGAGGAAAAGAAAAGGAAGGAGGAAGAGAAGAAGAAGAGAGCGCAGGAGGAAAAGGACAGGAAGAGGAUCGAGGACGGGCUGGAGACACAGUCGCAGCAGAACCUGCGCAAAGAGAUUGAGGCCUUAGAGCUUGCGGAGAGCAUGGGAAUGAAGAGGAUAAUAAAGGAGCCGGAGUGGGAGCCCUACAUCCCUCCCCUCCCCAGCCCCAUCCUUCAGGCUGUGCAAUGUGACAACAGCAGCAACUUCUGGGUGUCCAUGGGAGGCUACGACGUGGGCUACUUUUACGAGUGCCAGUUCCCGGAGGGCGCGUGCUCCGUGGUCGGCUCCCCCGAGAGGUGCGAACCCGUCAGGGCUGUGGCCGUGCCCCUCACCGAGGACGUGCCCAUCACCUGCGUCCGCUUCAACAGCGACGGUACCUGCGUCUUUUAUGGCUUCCAGGACGGCCACAUCCGAGUGGUGUUCCUCGAAGGUGAGUUCGACCUGACGUCGCAGGACUGUUUCUGUGUGGUCAGCGCCCACGACAUGACGACUGGAGCCAUAACGGGCAUCGAGCUGAGCCAUGAUGAGAUGUUCCUGCUGACCAUCGGCGCCGACGGCAAUUUCUUUGUCUUUAGCAUCGUGCCCCUCGACCAGCUAAAGGAGGAGAUCAAAGCCAACCGAGCCAAGCUGCCCUCAGCUGCAGGGGGGCAGUUUCUCAUCCAGGACCUGGAGCCGGACCACUACACCAUCGAGGACGCCAAGCAGAAGGCGGACUACGAUGAGCUGGUGCGGCUGGCCGAGAAGAGCAAGCAAGACAAGCGCGGUCAGAUCAACGCUCUCCGGAUUAAAUUCCAGCAGCUACUGCGCGACAACGAGGCGCUACCACCGCACCUCCGACUAAACAAAAAAGAGUUUGUCAUGAGCGAAGAACGCGAACUGGAAACGAAACAAGAAAUCCUCGCCAAGGAGGCGGAGAUGAAGCGGCAAAUGGCGUGGGAGUGCGAGAAGCUGCGCAUCGGUUACGAGAAGGUGCUAAACUUCUACCGCUCGACCCUCCUUCAGGAGACUUUCGAGGUGAAGGCCUUCCUGUCCGACCACACCAUCAGCAGCUACCGCAUGAACGACGACCGCAGCACGGCGGAACUGAUGAGCGCCAUGGAGAGGGCCGAAAGGGCGAUGGCAGAGAAUAAACCAGCCUACGAAUGGAGGAUUACGGAGAAUGAGUUCCUCCCAGACCUGACGACAUUUCUGCAGAAUGUCACAUCCCUCACUUCUGAGAAGGGUUCUGAGACCACGGUGAAGAAGGAGGAGGAAGAGGAGGAGGAGGAGGAUAUGAGCAGGUGGGCAGGCGCCAAUACGAGGGUGCUGGCCAAGCUGAAGAAAGCCAAGAUCAAGCGCGAGAAGCGGGCUCUCCGAAGGGAGGUGUGGCGCAAGUUUAUAGAGUCCAAGCCCGGCGACGACUACGAAGACCCUGAGGAUGUCAAAGCCAUCCAGGUGGCUCGCGAAACCCUGGGGGACUUCCCGCUCAAGACUGACCCCAACUACAAGGUCCCCGAGUCCUACAAGCUGACCGUUAUGGCCGGCAACCGGCGUCUGGCUAGUUGCUUGACUCGCUUGAAGGAUCUGCAGAUCCAGUUCAACCAGAAGCUGUUGGCACUGCGAGAGAGAAAGAAGAAGAUAGUGUCGGAGACACAAGCCCUGCACGAGCAGCUGUCGUCGGUGCAGGAGAUGCUGCCGCUCGACAAGCACUUGCCCACCCCGCCCCUCGUCAGUCUAAGCGUGGAGGAGGAGCCAGAGAAACGCAUGACCUACUCAAAGUUCUCGCUUCGCCGCUUCCAGUCCCAGAAGCUGAACACCACUGGCUUGGACGUGCCGGCCGCCGUGCUGCCUGCGGUGAAGGAAACUCGGAGCAAAUCGAGAAGGAGGACAGGGACGUCAUCGGAAGAAAGCGAUGACUUGUCGUCGAGUGAUGAUUUGGUAGACCUGUCUUCUGUUAUGCUUGAGCCUGCCCCUUCGUCGCCCCUUGAAAAGCAGAUAGAACAAGAGAAACAGAUCCACUUGGAGUACACGCAGAGGAAGCUGAUUGAAGACAUCACCGCCAAGAUGGCGCAUUUCGACGUGAGUCACCGUUUGCUGCAUCACGACAAGGUUCUCCUUGACGUCACCCUGAAGGUGGCGGAGCUGCGCGUCAACACUCUGUUAGAAGAGAACAUCAAGCUCAAGCAAUGCGAAGACGUAGAGUUCGAAAUUUUGCGGCAGACAAAUGUCGCCAUGGUUCAGAAGUUGGAGUUGGACAAGUUGCAAAAGCAGCUGCUGGAGGUAUUGGACAAGAAGAACAAGGAGAUGGAAAAGUUUGUAAAGCUGGAGAAGGUGCUUUUUACCAAGAUGGAGGAGGUUGUCGGGGAACAUAAUCCUUUCCGUGACUACCUGGUCAAAGUUUUCAAGAAAAAGAUCAAACGCAAGAAGAAGAAGAGGGCUUCAGGACAAGGAGGACAGGAUGAGGACCAAAACCAGGAGGAGGAGGAAGAAUCCGAAUCCAGCUCCGAAUCGUCGAGCGAAGGUGAAGAUGACGAUGAUGAGGAAGAAGAGGAAGGAACGACCCUUGACCUCAAUGUCUGCCCUAACGACUGCAGCCGUGAGCUAUUCGACAGUGUUGUGGCGCUGAGAGAAGAGCGCUUGGACCUGGAGGAUUUGAAGAUGGAGGCAAAGAGCGGCCGCGACGCCACGUUGAAAGAGCUGGACAACGUCAAGAGGAAGAGCUCCUCCAACACCCAUGAGAUCGAGAAACAAAAACGAGCGUUUCAAGAGUUUCAGGUGGAAAAACAGACACGGUUGAACGAUAUCCAUGUGCUGGCUUUCCUCCACCCACACCAGCUGAAGUGCCUCGAGGCAAAAAAACUGCCCGCCACCCUGGACAACGAGCUGGUCAUCAACGAGGAGGACGUCGACCGCCUGCGUAAGAGGAUCGAGGAGCUGAAGAAGGAGAAGAAAAUCCAGAGACAAAAUAUGCAAGACUCGCGGAGACACUUCCACCACCUGCAGUACGAGCUCAAACAUCAUCACAAGCAUCUGCAAGCCAUGAUCGAGAAAUGUGACAAGGCCAUGAUGGACAAGCUGGGCCGCCUGGUGGACAUGGAGGUGCUGGACCUGGUGGUGGCCGACCCCGAGCUGGAGAGCCUUCGAUGCAUACUGGACAUGAACAAGAUAAAAUGUAACUUGGAGAUGAUACAAAUGAACCGUGACAUCAGCGACUUGCGCCAACAGCGCCUCAACUCUGUCAGGAUGGAUACAGAACGGAAGAACGUGCUGAGUACCAGCUUGACCAAAUACAACACCGUCACCGAAGCCUUGGACAUAGUCCAGAAAUCGGAGUUACCCUAUGCAGAUGACACAGUAGUACCUCCAAUGACCGAGGAUAUUGAGAACUUUCAGUUCCUGGUUGCCCAGCAGCAGCUGCUCAUCAGGAGCCUCCACCAGGAACUCGAGGUCCUGCGCCACUCCGUUCAACCCCCGUCCUCCGAUCAUUUACAUUCACAGUUUUAAUGAAAUCCUCUUCUAGCAACCAUCAGACAGAUUCAAGCAUAUUCCUCAACAGAAAAUUUACAUCUGAAAGGCUGAGAAUCAAAUCUUGAGACUACUCAUCCAGUCUACUUAAGUCGUAACAUCACACAAAACUUGGGAUGUAAAGAGAAUGACAGGCAGGUAUAAAUUUGGUGCAGUCUGAAUUUUGCCUGUCAACAUGUGUAACUGUGGAGACCAGUGCUCUAAGCAGCCAGUGUCUACUUCUUCAUAUCAGCUUUUCAUACAUGAAUUGAAAAUGAAUAUACAUUUUUCACUAACUUGAAACAAAAAUUGGUCCUGGAGACAUGAAAUUUACACACUUUAAAACAUCUAACCAGAACCAUCUCCAGCUAUUUUUUAUUUCAACUCUCAACGUAAUUUUUUAUGAAAUAUUUUUAUGAAAUAUUUUGUGUUUAUUGAUGUAUGAAUAUUUCAUGGGUUCAACAUCAAAGAAGCAAAAGUACUUAAAAAAUACAUGAAACAAAAAGUCUUUAUGGAACAUUUAUAUAAAAAAAUGUUUGUGCAUUUAUUGGCAUUGUGAUUUUAGAGUUCAACAUCAAAGAAGAAAAAAGGGCUUUUAAAAAUAUUUCUGUAUUUUAAAAAUACUUUAUACAUAGUUUUUAAGUCUUUUAUAUUAAUAAAAGCUUACAGCACUUAUGUACAUAGAAAAAUAUUGUAUACAUAUAAAUUUUGUUUUAUAUUGUU